AUGGUCUACAUUGCAAUGUUUGUGACCCUUCGUGAGAAGAGCAUCAGGAUGGGCGUGGGUCUGGUGCCACUAGAGUUCACGGAGUGCCUGGCGGACAGCCCGCACUUCCGUGAGAACCUGCUGCGGCAUGAGAAGGAGCUGGAGCGCACUUCGCAGCAGGUCAAGCGCCUCAUCAAAGAGGUGAAGGACGUGGUUCAUGCCGCGAAACGCCUGGGCGCUGCACAGCUGGCGUUAGCAGGCAGCAUGGAAAACUUCGAGUUUGCGUGCAUUGGUGCCUCCAUGACGGAGGACGAGCGAGUGAUAUCACAUUCCCUCCACCACUUCGCGAAGCUCAUGCGGACUAUAGAAGACGAACGGGAGCGCAUGCUGGGACGUGCGCAUGAGCAGAUCAUCGCGCCGCUCGAGAGGUUCCGCAAGGAGCACAUCGGCGCUGUCAAGGAGGGCAAGAAGAAGUUCGACAAGAAAACCGCCAAGUUCUGUCAGAGCCAGGAGCGGACGCUGUCGCUCUCCACCAAGAAACAGGACAAUGUCUUCCAAGAGGCUGACGCAGCGAUGGACAUGGCAGAGCGUGACUUCUGCCAAGCCUCCCUGGAGUACGUGUUCCAACUGCAAGCCGUCCGCGAGCGAGAGAAGUUCGAGCUGGUGGAAACCCUCCUUGGUUUCGUGUUCUCCUGGUGGACCUUCCACCACACGGCUCAUGAUGUCCAUCACGAUGCUGAACCGCUAGUGCGAGAUCUUCAGCUGAGGAUCCAGCGGACGCGGACCAAUUUCGAGGAGACGAGCAAGCAGACAGAGUCGCUCAUGAAAAAGAUGAUGGAGGUGCGGCAAAUGAAUAAAGAAGUGGAAGCUGAAGAAACGGGCGAGGCGACAGACGCGGCGGGCGGCGUGUCGCGAGCCGGCUACCUUUACCUUAUGGAGAAGAAGGCAUUUGGCACGGCAUGGAGCAAGCACUACUGCACAUAUGAGAAGAAUUCGCGCACGUUACGAUUGCUUCCCUACUCCCAAAUCAACCCCAAAACUACGGCGCCAGCAGAAAGCGUAUGCGUUUGCGGCGCGCGGCGAGUCACGGACACGGAGCGGAGAUUCUGCUGGGACGCGUUACCAGCUGACAGAGAACGAACACCACUGACAUUACAGGCCUUAUCAGAGCGGGACAGGAAUGCUUGGCUUCGAGCGCUCAGUCCACAGAACGGCGUGGCGGAGCUGGGCGGCGGCGCGGCGCGCGGCGCGGGCGCGGGCGAGGCGGGCGCGGCGCUGGACGACGCGGGCUUCGCCUUCGUGCGCCGCCUCAUACAGGUGUUAGAGGAACGGGGGCUCGAGGAACAGGGCUUAUACAGAGUCGCCGGCGUCGCAUCGAAAGUAUCCCUAGUCGCCUGCGCAGCGACCGCCCGCCUUCCCCCCACGCUCGCUGACCCCCUCGAGUGGGAGAGCAAGACUCUCACCUCGGCCCUCAAGAGCUACCUCCGAGCAGCGUUACCCGAACCCCUCGCGACCCAUGCGUUACACACUCGCUUCCUCGCCGCGGCCAAGCUUGAGUCAAGGCAGGAAAGGGUCAACGCUGUAGCUGCGUUAGUAGCUCAACUACCGCAGAGGAAUAAGGAUAUGCUGCGGCUGGUCAUAGAUCACUUAAGACGGGUAGCAGCGCGUUCGGAUCGCAACCUGAUGACGCCAUCCAACCUAGCCGUGUGCUUCGGGCCCACCCUUCUAAGGGCCCCUCGGGAGUCCGUGGCCGCCAUCUUGGACCUCAAGUUCUAUAACGUCCUCGUUGAGACCUUGCUGGAACACGCGGACCAGAUCUUCGCACAGUCCCCGCAGGCUCAGAAUGGACUCAGGACUUCCCCCGCGCCCAUGUCCUCUGCCCUCCUUCGCGCGGCUGACUGCAGCACAUCCGUGCCCGCAAUGCCGCACCUGACGCCACUAGCGUCCCUAUCAUCGCUGACCGGCGUGACUGCGCCCCCCACCUCGACCGCCCGAUACUCCCCCCACCACCAGCAGCUUUUGCAGCACUUCGCUCCCCCGCCUCCCGCGCCACCGCAGCUCGUCGCUCUCAGAGGUGCAACCCGUUCGAGCAGUUCUUCAGCGGAGUCGGUGUCGAGCAGCAGCGCCUCCCCCCCUCCCCCCGGCGCGCUGGCGGCGCCCUUCCCCCCGCCGCACGCUCACCUCGGCUCUGCGCCGCUACACGCUAGGCUCUACACACACCCGUACAGACGCGUGCGCACACUCUACGCGUGCCUAGGCGAAAGCGAAGGCGAGCUGUCCUUUGAGCCGAACCAGAUCAUCACCAACGUCACCGCCAGCGCCGAGCCCGGCUGGCUCCGCGGAACCCUCAACGGGAAGAGCGGGCUCGUGCCCGAGAACUACGUAGAACCACUACCGUGAGCCCAUAGGGGCAAUAUACGCCGAAGGUUGUCGAAAUCGCGGCGGAAACUGCCGAACAUUGCCGAGAUCGCGGCGAAAACUGCCGAACAUCGCCGGAAACUACCGAACGUUCCCGGAAUAAGCCGAACAUUGCCGAGACCGCGUCGUCGGCGCCGUGAACUGCCGAUCGUCGCGGAAUGUUACCGAUCGUAGCGUAACAGAUGAUGAGAGUUGUAGCAGUACAUCGAUUUAUAUCGCGUAGUCCAACUUUGAACGAGAAUCAAGGAUGAAAAAAGUGACAAUCGGACGUCCGAGAUUCUGUAUUUCGAACGAGAGUUAUAAAAAAAAUGUUCAAAAUUGAACUACUGAGUCUAAAAAGACAGUUUAUAUUGUGGUUUUAGUGCCGCUUAUGCCGAAAGUCGCUAUCGCCGCCAUACGUACCAUAUCCUCGUACCUACUAUGUUAAGUUGUUGAUUCUUUUGUACGUCUGUAUAUUUUGUAUAUUGUAAAUAAGCGUUUGUUGAUAUUUUAACUAUUUAUAUUAUGUUGUGGAUAUUUUUACCAAAUAUACUAUUGUACGAUGUCCGUUUGUGGAUGUAUUAUACAGAUUAAUAUAUA